GAAGAAAUUUCUGUGUGCCUGACAUAUAGCCCGGCCCAAAUAUGAGCCCACUUUCUUUGUCUCCUCUUCCUUCUCAUCACUUCUCAGGAGGAUAUCUCAAUUCUACUAUUGCAGUGCAAAACCCUAAAAACUGUAAUUCAAUUAGCUUCCUCUUCUUGAUUUGUGCAACUUUGCAUUUUGAUCACACAGACCUUACUCAAUUCAAGAUUAUUUAACACUUCUUGUUGCCAUAAAUCAGCAAGCUGCAAUUUAGGUUCUGCCUCCCAUGUUGUGUGGAAAUGACAACCAUUGAGCCAGCAACAGCUCAGCCCCAGAGAAAAUCUGCUGGUAUUGCUUCAACCAGCGCUGGGAUUCAGGGUUCGGCUCCUUCGUUUAAACGAUGGGGUAGAAAGCAUCCGUUUGUCCGAUACGGGCUUCCGAUGAUCUCGCUCACCGUGUUUGGGGCUGUUGGUCUUGCUCAUCUCAUACAAGGCGGGAAGGAUAUUGCAAAGGUGAAAGAUGAUCAGGAAUGGGAGAUACUUGAGACCAAGAAAGCGUUAUCAAGAACAGGACCUAUAGAAGCCUAUAAGCCAAAAAAGAUUUCGCUGGAAGAAGAGCUCAAGGCUUUGCAGGAGAAGGUGGACAUAAACAACUAUGAGUAUAAGAAAAUUCCUAAGCCAAAUGAAGGUAAGUAAGGCUGGUUUUGCACUCUGCAUUUGAAGCUUCAAUCACUAGAAAUAUUCUAGGUGUCUGUUUUUUGACCUUUUAGUUUUGUAACGACUCCUCGGACCUGAGCUGUGUUGGCGGAAAAAACACGUGCAUUUUGUCUUUACAAUUGUACUAUGAGUUAGUUACUUAAUGUAGCUACUGAUUUACCAUGUGA